AUGGGUAAGCCGGCCUUUGUCCUUCCGUUGCUUCGAUUCUGCUUGUUUUCUGCAGGUUACGUACUGAUUCCGUUGAUCUCUGCUUGACGCAUGCGGUUGUGGUUGCAGCAUCCAAGAAGGUGAAGAUCGGCAUCAAUGGUGAGUUUAUGGGCUCUCCUCUCCUAGUUUUUUUUAUUUCUGGUUCUCCGAUGAUGCGCCUUUCGCGGUCUUACUCUGAUUUCGUAGUAUUUUUGAAGGUUCAUCUUUUAUCCCUUUUUUUCCUGUUUUUUUUUGUGACGAUCUGCGGUGUGGUCGGUGUAGGUUUUGGCAGGAUUGGCCGCCUGGUGGCGAGGGUUGCGUUGCAGAGGGAUGACGUGGAGCUGGUUGCCGUGAAUGAUCCCUUCAUCACCACUGACUACAUGGUGAGACAUGCUUCAAACCCUAAACCCUCGCCGAUCUCGAGUCGGCAAUGUUCUGAUCUAUAGAUUUGUUCUUUCGAAUUAGUUCGAUUGAGCUUCCUGUUUCAGUUGAACGUUUCUCUCUGUGAUGUCGAGAUCUCUCGUUCCUUUCUCUUUUCGUGUUGAGUUGUGAAAUGAAUCAGUUGGUGCAUGAACCGAUCUGAGGUCUGGUGGACGUAUUCAUUCAGACGGCUGGCACUUGAGAUAGUUAGCAUGACUAGCCGGCCAGGGUUUAUAUUAGUUUUCUGUGAAUUUCUGUUAUAUCAAAUUUGCCUUUUUUUGUGCGUUUUUUCAAUUGAAUAUGUGGUGCUUUCAUGGCGUUCGCCACAUAGAAAAUACCUUCCCUCGAUUAUGCUUCCCCUUCGGCACCUGUUGCUUUAUACGACGUCGUUCAUUUUGAAGUGGUUUAGUGUGCUUAAAAAUAUGGGUUGUGAGUGCUUUUGACGCUUAGCCUCUCUCAAAGUUGACUGUCAUCUCUGUUUACUAAUCUCUUUGAUCAGGGAUCUCUCUCAUUUCUCGUGUGAGGCUAAUUAAAGAAUGUUCUGCUGCCAUUUCUCCUUGUUUAUAUUGCUGUUUUUUUUAGUAUAUCGUGCGGUGUAAUGAUUGGGUAUAGGUAAAUCACUUUGCUACGAUUUCUCGUCCGAUGGGCCCUGGUCUUUAUGCCAGAGAUGUUAUGUAGUCAUGUGAAGAAACCUGCCUAUAUGACGUCCAAAUAUGUUGGUGUGUUCAGAAGCACGUAAAUCGUUCUGCAUUGUUUAUGGUCUUUCGGCAUAGAGUACUAUCACGUUGUUGGAUUUUUUUUAUUUUUUGUUUUUUAUUUUUUAUGCUCAGUGGUCCCCGCUUUUAUUCCUGGAUCGCAAGCUGUUCGUGCAAUCUUCACCUAAUUAAGUAUCUAAUUUUUAGUUUUUAUUUGGAUGGGUAGAAUUCUAGUAUGGUUGUGAAUUGGUUUCUGCUUGAAUGCUACGGAAUGCCAUGCUUUGUUUUCAUGCCGUAUCUUUAGUUUUAUGGUUUCUUAUCGUUCCUUUGUUGUUCAGACGUACAUGUUCAAGUAUGAUACUGUCCAUGGCUCAUGGAAGCACCAUGAGCUUAAAGUAAAGGAUUCCAAGACCCUCCUCUUCGGCGAGAAAGAGGUCACUGUAUUUGGCAUUAGGUACAUGUUUCUUCCGUCUGUUAGAUAUUUUCCAAAUCAUUAUAUCUGCACAUUAUUUAUUUAUUUAUUUAAUCGCUGUUACGGAAACGCAGGAACCCCGAAGAGAUCCCAUGGGGCGAGACUGGUGCGGAAUUUGUCGUUGAAUCCACUGGUGUGUUCACAGAUAAGGAUAAAGCUGCUGCUCACCUGAAGGUUGUCUUUCAGUUACAUUUUGGUCACAUUUUAGUCAUUGUUCUUAAAAAAGAGUUGUUAAUAUUUCUAGUAAACCAAAAGAGCUUCCGGAACCACAGAUGCCAGUUUCUUCGUGUUUCUAAAUCCCUGUUUCUUGGUGAUUACUGCCGGCUCAGACGAUUGAUCCUGUUUAUUCACCAUGGGGCGAUUGUGUCGACAGGGAGGGGCCAAGAAAGUCAUCAUCUCUGCGCCCAGCAAAGACGCCCCCAUGUUCGUGGUCGGCGUGAAUGAGCACGAGUACAAGCCCAACAUCGACAUCGUUUCCAAUGCCAGCUGCACCACCAACUGCCUGGCUCCUCUGGCCAAGGUACCCCCACCCGUUUUAGAAAUCCUCAGGAGAGAAGGAUCCCAUCUCCUCUUCAGGAAUGUGGGUUCUAUCUUAUCUAAUAAGCCUUCUGCCCUCACCUUUUACUGUACAUGCAGGUCAUCAACGACAGAUUCGGCAUCGUCGAGGGUCUGAUGACCACCGUUCACGCCAUCACCGGUAAUCAAACCCGUCCUUCAUUCACUGGGUCGAAGCCAUCGCAUCCUUCUCUCAAUCCUUCUCGUCGCUCUUAUCUUCUUCUUCUUCUUCUUCUUCUUCUUCUUCUUCUUCUUGCCCUCCAGCUACCCAGAAGACUGUUGACGGACCAUCCGCCAAGGACUGGAGAGGCGGGAGAGCCGCGUCAUUCAACAUCAUCCCCAGCAGCACCGGUGCCGCCAAGGUCAGUCAGACCUUGCUCAAGAAUCUGACGAAGAAGAACUCUCUUCUCUCUCUCUCGCUCUCUGUGCAUAUGCUCACCCGAUCCUCCUCUCUCUCUCCACAGGCUGUGGGGAAGGUGCUGCCGUCUCUGAACGGGAAGCUGACGGGGAUGGCCUUCCGGGUCCCCACGGUGGACGUCUCAGUCGUUGACCUCACCGUCCGCCUGGAGAAGAAGGCGACCUACGAGGAGAUCAAGGCUGCCAUCAAGUGAGUCCCCCCUCCUCUUCCUCCUCCUCGUGACCUGACCUUGGAAACCUCCCAUCCGCCAUUAAUGGCUGCUUCUCUGUUUCAUCGUCGUCUUUGAUGGUGGUCCUCAGGGAGGAGUCGGAGGGGAAGCUGAAGGGCAUCUUGGGCUACACCGACGAGGACCUCGUCUCCACGGACUUCGUCGGCGAUAGCAGGUACGGGAAAUGGGUCCACACACACACGCACAGAUUCUUGCGUGGCGAGCGUUGUAGAGUUGCCACGUGGAGGGUUUGAAGAAUGUGUUGACCUUGGUUGACUUGUAGGUCGAGCAUCUUCGACGCCAAGGCCGGGAUCGCCCUGAACGAAAACUUCGUAAAGCUCGUGGCCUGGUACGACAACGAGUGGGGCUACAGGUAA